ACAUAUACAGCCACAUCCACAUCCACAUGUACAACCACAUCCACAUCCACAUGUACAACCACAUCCACAUCCACAUGUACAGCCACAUCCACAUGUACAUGUACAACCACAUCCACAUCCACAUGUACAACCACAUCCACAUCCACAUGUACAGCCACAUCCACAUGUACAUAUACAACCACAUCCACAUCCACAUGUACAGCCACAUCCACAUGUACAUAUACAACCACAUCCACAUCCACAUGUACAGCCACAUCCACAUAUACAUGUACAACCACAUCCACAUCCACAUGUACAUCCACAUCCACAUGUACAACCACAUCCACAUAUACAACCACAUCCACAUGUACAUGUACAGCCACAUCCACAUGUACAUAUACAACCACAUCCACAUCCACAUGUACAGCCACAUCCACAUAUACAUGUACAACCACAUCCACAUCCACAUGUACAUCCACAUCCACAUGUACAACCACAUCCACAUAUACAACCACAUCCACAUGUACAUGUACAGCCACAUCCACAUGUACAACCACAUCCACAUGUACAUGUACAACCACAUCCACAUGUACAACCACAUCCACAUGUACAACCACAUCCACAUGUACAUGUACAACCACAUCCACAUGUACAUGUACAACCACAUCCACAUGUACAACCACAUCCACAUGUACAUGUACAACCACAUCCACAUAUACAUGUACAACCACAUCCACAUCCACAUGUACAUCCACAUCCACAUGUACAACCACAUCCACAUAUACAACCACAUCCACAUGUACAUCCACAUCCACAUGUACAACCACAUCCACAUGUACAUGUACAACCACAUCCACAUGUACAUGUACAACCACAUCCACAUGUACAACCACAUCCACAUGUACAUGUACAACCACAUCCACAUAUACAUGUACAACCACAACGGAGGAGAAGAAAAAGAGACUGAACUCCAUGUUCCCCUGUUAUCUGCUCAGACGGAGGAGAAGAAAAGAGACUGAACUCCAUGUUCCCCUGUUAUCCGCUCAGACGGAGGAGAAGAAAAGAGACUGA